AUGGCCUCCCUGAUGAGUGAGUCAGAGCUGAGUGAGGCAGAGCUGUGUGAGGCAGAGCUGUGUGAGUCAGAGCUGAGUGAGCCAGAUCAGUGUGAGUCAGAGCUGUGUGAGGCAGAGCUGUGUGAGGCAGAGCUGUGUGAGUCAGAGCUGAGUGAGCUGAGUGAGGCAGAUCAGUGUGAGGCAGAGCUGAGUGAGUCAGAGCUGAGUGAGUCAGAGCUGUGUGAGUCAGAGCUGUGUGAGCUGAGUGAGGCAGAUCAGUGUGAGGCAGAGCUGAGUGAGCUGAGUGAGGCAGAGCUGAGUGAGGCAGAGCUGAGUGAGGCAGAGCUGUGUGAGGCAGAGCUGAGUGAGUCAGAGCUGUGUGAGCUGAGUGAGGCAGAUCAGUGUGAGGCAGAGCUGAGUGAGCUGAGUGAGGCAGAGCUGAGUGAGGCAGAGCUGAGUGAGGCAGAGCUGUGUGAGGCAGAGCUGAGUGAGUCAGAGCUGUGUGAGUCAGAGCUGUGUGAGGAAGACCUGAGUGAGGCAGAGUUGAGUGAGGCAGACUCGUGGAUGGACUCCUGCACGAGGCAGUGUUGUGGAACCCUCCCGCCGUCGGGCCGGAUUCUGCCUCAGCAUGAGCGGCUGCACGAAAAGGCCGGGUUUGAGCAAUCGGAGGAUCUGGUGUGA